AUGCCUUCGUUAGGAAUUUCCUUUUACUUUACCCUCAAAAGUUUGGUUUUAAUGGAUGAAGAUUUGUAUUAUGUUCCUCGCCGUGGCGAUCAUCUGUAUGUUUGGCGUAAAGUUCGCAUGUACCAGCAUCAUGGCAUUGUCAUUUCUGCUAAGGACAUUCUCGAACAUGUGGAUGCCAGACUUCAUCCUAUCAAAAUUAAACCUUUGAUGAUCAUUGAACAAAAUAAACGCGGUCUUGGCAUCGUCACUCUGGAAGAAUUUCGAACUGAAUAUCCGUUUAAUUACAUGCAUGAUGUUGGGUGUGCUCGAUACGGAACUGAUCCAAUGAAUUAUUAUCUAAAUCGAAGUGGCACAUGUUAUCUAACCGCUAGAAUAGAAGAAGACCAAAUAGUAGAAAACGCCAUAAGAAUAUAUAAUGAUGAACGGCAACGAGAUAUUUGGAAGACAUAUAGUCUAAUAGUUAAAAACUGUGAACAAUUUGCAUUUGUUUGCUGUACGAAUGUUGAAUAUGUUUUGGGAGAGCAAGUUUUGUUGGCUUGUAAUGCAGUUAAAUGUCUGUUUAUUAAUGGAAUCUACAAUGCUGUUAAAUUCAGCUUUCAGAUUAUUCGAGGAAAUGCUUUGGCUGCUUUAUCGGCUUUUACAUUGGAAGCAUUAAUCCUGUCCGUACGUCUAUUUAUCUACUAUUGGUAUGAAACUGACCGCGAGAAAAAUUUGAUACGGAAAGUGGCGAUAACACCAGAGAAUUAUGUUCAACAAAUGAUUCAAGCUGGUGUUGGCAGUCUGGCUGCAUUUGGAUUGUCUAUAGCUGCGGUUUGGGUGGGUUCAACGACGUUUAUGGUUGGUGCAACACCCAUGGUUUGUUCCAUUUUCUUUGGUUUUAUUGGUUAUUUAGCUGCUCGAUGGCUUAGUGGACUGUUGAUUGUUCAAGUAAAGAAGAAAUUGAGGAAUGAUGAAAAAACCGUUAUGUACAAGGACCAAGGUGAUGAAGAGGACAGAAUCAACUUUGUCUAG